AUGACUACCGCACCACACAUGCCGGCCAAGGCGCACAGCUCCGAUGAUGUGCACCAACGGCCAAGAGGCAUUCUCAAGAACUCCAACUCCUUCCAAGGCACCCCCGCGAUGACGGCUGUUUCCCCGCCCUCGGUUCCAACCAUCCCCGAACCCGAGGAGUUCAAGGAGCUCACCAUCCAAAACACCCUACAGAAUGCCGGCCGUCGGCGAUCCUCGUCCACCCGUCCGGGCUCGAACUCGCGCCGUCAGUCGUCAGUCAGUGCCCACGACGACGACAACGAGCCCCGCCUAAAGUGGGACGAGGCAAAUUUGUACCUGGCCGAGCAAGAGAAAACCGCGAAGAUGAAGAUCGACGAACCCAAGACUCCCUACGCUCCCCACUACGACCCCAGUGAGGAUGACGAACAGAUGCGGAUCGACGAGGCACAGGAGAGCCUUCUCGAUGCCCAGGGUCUCGUUGUUGACGAGCUCGACAAGUCAGCCAAACCCACUCGUCACCGGAAGGGCGUUUCUGAAGAAGAAAUCCCCGAUCUGGAGCUCGGUGAGCCUGAGGAGAACACGCAGAGCAUUCCUUCAGAGGACCGGGUUUUCCGUGACCGCAGCACGAGCAUGGACUCGCACAAGAGCGAGAAGCAUGUCCAAGUCGGCGUGGAAGAUACAAAUGGCGCCGAAGUGCCUGCGCAUGAUCCGCUUCUGUCGGCUGAAGAGGCUCGCGCAAAGCACGCCCACUUUGAGGAGAUGCGCAAGAAGCAUUAUGAGAUGAGGAACAUCAAGGAGUUGCUUGCGCAUCCCGAGGAUCAAGACGAGGAAAUGGAAGAUGACGACGAUUCGGAGCCUGGCCCACCACCACCGAUGCCUCAGAUUCCUAGCCAGUUCCGCAAUAACGGACAAUAG